CUCCGCUCAGUAUGGAUGAGGAUCAGUUUUGUCCUUCGGCUCUGGGAACUAAAGAGCAGUGAGUACAGACUGAGCCACAGGGGGCGCCACACUCCAGCAGCCAUUGUGAGAAGCUCUUAUCUAGACCGCUGGGAUGCUGUGUACAGCCGUGAACUGAAGACUUUCCACGAGUAUGGAGAUGAAGGAGAGAUCUGGUUUGGAGAAAGUAGUAUGACCAGGGUUGUACAGUGGUUUAAUGCGCAGAAGAUCCCGCUGUCAUCCUCAAUAGUGGACAUAGGCACUGGGAAUGGCAUGCUAUUGGUAGAACUGGCAAAGUGGGGAUACAACAAUCUCCUUGGCAUUGACUACUGCUCAGAUGCGAUAAAACUUGCAAGAAGCAUUUGCGAAAGGGAAGGAGUGUCUCAAAGUAUAUAUCUACAGGCUGCAGAUUUCCUGGGCUCCUUCAAUCCUGAAGAACAGUUUGACAUAGGUUUGGAUAAAGGCACCUUUGACGCAGUAAGUCUGAAUCCCAGUGAUUCCGGAGAAAAGCGACGGCAGUAUAUAAAGUCACUCUGUCGGAUUUUAAAGCCAAAUGGUAUUUUCAUCAUCACUUCCUGCAACUGGACCAAAGAUGAGCUGCUCCAACAAUUCGGAGACGAGUUUGAAGUAACAGAUGAGCUGCCCACGCCAUCCUUUGGUUUUGGGGGACACUCGGGUCACAGCGUAACAGCCCUUGUGUUCAGGAGGAGGGCUUGUCAUUAAAAAUAUAUUGCCAAGGAAAGAUGAUUACCUGGAUAGGACAUUACAUCCUACUCACUCCAUAUGUUGAAGGAAACUGUAAUACAAGGAAGACAAAUGAGAAGUAGAUUGUGGCUAUGGAGAGUAAUCUUAUAGUGGAGAAGAAGCUAUGUAAUGUGAUGUCUGUCAUUCUCCUGAGCCCGCAGCCUAAAUCUUGCUGGAUUUGUUCAGAUGAUCCGUAGUUCCAUAGAAGUGCUAAAUAAAAAUACUUUCACUUUUGAAGUGGCAGUGC